AUGUUUUCCAAGCGAAAGACCCCCAACGUCCAACGCGCUUGCCCCAACGUGCUGACCCCCGACACAAUCCCCUCGUUUUUCAUCCCACCCAACCUCGCCACCUUACAAGGACGGCGUGCGGCUGGGAAGCCCAGGGCAAGCGAGGCACCAGCCCCGCCGGUCAAAAACGAGGGCGCCGCGCUGCAGGAGGGACACCGGCCCGGUGUGCGACUCGGAGGCGCUCCCACCACCAUCCAGCUCCCCAACCCGAUGAACUUUGGGUGGCUGCCCGAAAGCCCCAACACCUGGCGGCGGGAAUCGCUGUUCCACAGCAGACCCCCACGUCGCCGAGGGCAGGGGGUCUGGCUCUCCUCCCCACGGACAAGGCCCCUUCCGCAGCCCACUCCAGGCCCGGACAGCGACACCGCCUCUUCCACGGAAAACUCCCCUUACAAUUCCCCCUUGCCCACCCGUCCCCUCGGCGGGCUGCUGCCUUGCCACGGCUACGGGCACCGCCGGCGCCUGGCCUGCCGUUCCCCCCACGCUGGCACAUCCCUGCGCCCCAGCUCCUUCUCCACGGAGGACACCAGCUCCGCGGACACCAGCCCUUGCUGCCUUCGCCGUGAGGCCGAUCCUGCCUGGAUCUCGCCGGGCGCCUGGUCCCUGGCACCGCUGUUCCCCCUGGACCUGAUGCGUUGCCACCAGCGCCUGAUCAAGGAGGUGACGCUGACGGUCAGCCAAGGCGGGCAGCUGCGCCUCUCCAGCGAGUAUCUUGCGCCGCAAGCCAGCCUCCGCGUGCGCCUGGUGAGCGCCGAAGGCUUCUACCCGCCCCAGGGCAGCCCCCGCCACAUGCACUGCUGCGUGGCCCUGCAGCUGCGCCCCGGCCUGGGCCAAAGGCAGCGCAGCGCCGUCAUCAAGAGGACCCGCAACCCCAUCUUCAACGAAGACUUCUACUUUGAGGACAUCAGCCCUGAGGAUCUUCCCCGGCGCAGCUUGAGGAUCAAAGUGCUGAACAAGGAAUGCAGCCUACGGCGGGACAUCGUGCUAGGUGAAUGCGACGUCCCGCUGGAUUCUCUUCUGCCCUGAGCGGGGUUCCCUGGCAGAGAAGGGCCGGGGGUG